CCACCUGUUGGGAAGACCCGCUGGUAUUCCUGCAUCACAACAAACAGGCUUGUGGUUUUGUAGCCAGCUUUCCCGUUAAUAUUCUUGCAGAUAGUUAAUACCAAGCUUAGGUCUUAAAAUGGAGGUAACAAACUGUCUUGAUGAGAAAGAAGAAUCAGACAAUGAUACAAAUCUAAUCUCAGAACCAGAUCCUGUGAUUGGUAUAGAAGAGUUACCAGAUGAUGAUGAUAAUGAUGAUAUUUGUGUGACUGCAACUCCAAAACCAUUUCUGGAGGAGUCAACAGAUUCAGAGCUUCCUGAUCCACAUUUACAAGAACCUACCAGCACUGGACGUGGAAGACCAAGGAAAUCAGAUACUCCUAAAAAACUUGAUGAUGUACAACAAUCGGACAGUGAAAGGAAAACAGAUUUUAUGUUAGUUACCCCAUCAUUAAAGAGAGGAAGAGGAAGACCUCCAAAUCCAUUCAAACUACCUAAACCAGAUGGUCCAAAACAAAGAGGAAGGCCAAGAAUUCAUCCUCCGAAGAUACCUAGUGGAAGGGGUCGGGGAAGACCAAGAAUACGCCCUCCUAGUCCUAAGUCAGAGGGUAUGAGAUUUUCGAGACCAUUUAAUAUGACUAAAUCUCUGGAAGUAAGAUUAGUGAAGUGUACAGUAAGAGAUAGUUUAAAGAAGAAAGGUAGACCUCCAGGUUCUAAAAAUAAGAAGAAACUUAAAUCUUUAAAAGAUGUCAUCAAAAGACCCAGAGGCAGACCUCCAAAAUCUGAAAGCAGUAUAAAAGUCACAUCUAAAGAACCCAAAAGUCAAUGUAUUUCAAAAGAAUCAUACAGUAAAUUCACAUCAAAAGAAUCAAUGAGUUAUCAAGAUUUUGUAAAACAAGUAAAUGAAGAGUUGUCUGCUAUCAAUGGUACAAGUGUGGAAGAGGAUAUCACCGAACACAAUGAUACAACUACAGAAGCGGAAUACUCUGAUGUGGAUGAAAGGGAAGACGAGUAUUCUGAUGUAGAUGAAAGGGAAGAUAUAUACUCUGAUGAAGAUUGGACAGAUGGUAAUAUAUUUCAUGAACAGAAACAAAAUGCUUCACCAUCAUCAAAACGUCAUGCUGGAAGGCCUCCAGGAGCUAAGAAUAAACCUAAAGAUGAACGGCUUUUAGCCCUGAAGAAAAAGAACCAAGGACGUGGAAGACCAAAGAAAGAAAAAAGAGGCAGAGGAAGACCCCCUAAAUCUUUACAAAUAUCAAAAGAGGAUUCACCCACUGUUAAAAAACCUGGUAGACCUAAAAGUUUUGGGGAGAAUGAUGAGAGUAAAACACGUCUGUGCAAGGGAGAUGUUAGUUAUACAGAAGCUGUGGAAGAUAUUAUAGAAGAAAUAUCAGACAGUGAAAAUGAAUAUAUGUCGGAGGAGGAAGAACAGCCAGUAAAAAGAGGACGAGGGAGACCUCCAAAGCUAGCUACUAGUUUUACAGAGGAUUGGCAAGAUAUGGAAGAACAAUCUGACAGUGAAUAUGAAUAUAUGUCAGAGGACGAAGAAGAACAGUCAGUUAAAAAAGGCAGAGGGAGACCAAGAAAAAUUAUCAAUGUGGUCGGAGAAGUUCAGUCAACAAAGAAAAGCCCUGGGAGACCUAAAAAAUCUUCUUUUGGGAAGGAAGAAGUACAUUCAGUAGGUAAAGGUAGAGGCAGACCUCGGAAAAAUGCUAAUGAGGAAUAUCAGGUACAUGCAGUGAAAAAAAGUCCUGGGCGACCUCGUAAAAAUCCAUAUGAAAAGCAAGAUGUUAGUUACACAGAGAGUGUUGGAGAUAUUUUUGAAGAACAAUAUGACAAUGAAAACCAAUAUAUGUCCGAGGAGGAGCAUGAACAGCCAGUCAAAAAAGGUAGAGGGAGACCUAAAAAAAUAAUUGAUGUGAAACAAGAUUCACAGCCAUUGAAGAGAGGUCGUGGGAGACCUCCCAAAAGUGACCAUGAUGACCAAAAUAUACAUCCAUUGAAGAAAGGUCCUGGGAGACCUCCAAAAAGUACUAAUUCACCUGGGAAGAGAAAAAGAGGUCGACCAUCUUUAUCUGAUAGCAAAAAAUUAAGAUUAAGCAUUCCAGGAGUAACAACUCCAAGGAAAAAAGAAAAUAAGAAGGAAAAUGAGGAUCAAGUCACAGGCAGGAGGUCCAAAACACAUAUAAACUAUGCUGCAUUGGCAGAGGGGUUGGACAUGGACGACAAAGAGGAAGAUUUAAUUAGUUCUGAAGAUGACACUGACUAUUUAGUCCACAAGCCUCAUUCUGAAUAUAAAAUGGGUAGUGGGGAUAUGUCUUAUACACAUUCUGAGAACAGUGAUUUAAAUGAAAGUUUGUCAGGUAAAGAAGAGGAAUUCACAAAAAUAAUAAAUGAAAAAAGAGGCCGUGGUAGACCCAAAAAAACAGACAUUAUACGUCCUGAAAUAGCAUUAAAUAGCAAUAUAAACUUAAACUUUUCUGAAAAAAGGGGUCGAGGGAGACCAAAAAUUUCUGAAAGGAAGGGUCCUGGCAGACCAAAGAAAAUUGCCAGUUUUAUUAGUGAGGAAUCUGAGGAUUCACAAGAGAAAAGUUCUGCACCAGAAGUUUCAAAACGAGGUCGAGGAAGACCUAAAAAAAUAAAUAAUAGCAUAGAUCUGACUAGUGAGGAUGACUUUGAACAAUUUGAACAAUCUCCCAGUAAAUCAAACAUAGAUCAACAUGGAGUUAUCAAAAGAGGUCCCGGUCGACCUAAAAAGGUGGCCCCGACCUUGGAUAUGACAUGUGACGAGGAGGAUGGAACAGGUAUCAGUGGUAUUACAAUAGAGGGUUGGGAAGGAUUUGCUGGUGGUAUUCAUCAAUCAAAGGAAUGUCCAAUAGAUAUACUUUGUAAUGGUUCUUUACCAACAGAAGAACAGGAUGAUAUAGUAAAAUGUCCUCCAGAUUCAACAGAAGUAUCAAAUAUAGAUUCAACUGAUGUUAGUGAAAUAAAUACAAGCAGACAACCAGUGAGCUAUAUAGACGAUGUAACGAUUAUUGAUUCAAACAACCUACAGCUAGAACCAUCACCUAAACCUGAGGAAAACUCAAUACAAAAUAAGUUGGAGAACAUUGCAAAACAGAUCAAUUCUAAAACAACAGAAUGUACAAAAUUAUCAUCAAAUGUAGACAGCAUAACACAAAAUAUGAUUAUACAACCACUAACAAUAAACUCUACAUCACAACUGGUAGCUAUAACUGAUCCAAUUUGUAAUAACAAUUCUGCACCACAAGUAGUGAUGAUAAACUCUACACCACACCUACUAGUGAAUUCAACACCACAGAUAGCCACAUCAAGUUCUGUACCACAUAUGGAAAUACAAGAAUCAUCUUCAAGUUCAGUGGUAACAGAAGCUAUUGUGCCACAAGAAAAGGUGAUUUCAGAAACAAUAGCACAGAGUUCAGAGCUUGGUCAGGUUUCAUCAUUAUAUCUAGAUGUGUCCAUUUCCUAGCCAUCCAGGGAAACAAGGCAGGGCAGCUUAAAGGUGGAAUAGAACUACAAUGUUUUAGUAUUCUGAGCAAUGUUUGCAUUUAAUUUUAUAUUAAUGUAUUUUUGUCUGUUCAAUUAUUCUAAGUCAUGCUUAAAUGUGUCAGCUUUUAAAAUUUAGAAAAUCAACAUUUCCAAACGCAUUUUUCAUUAGAUUAGAUAAACUACAUUUAUAAUCAAAGAGAAUGAAUGUAUAUUUGUGUGCUUGUUGUUAGAGACAUGAACAUUUGUAGAAAUAUAAUUUUUGACAAGAAAAAAAAUCCUCCUGAUAAAAUGCAGAAAAUGUAUCUCUAUUAGGAAUAACAAGAAUUGCUAUUUUUCAUUUGUUUGUAUAAUGUAUAUGAAAGUUAUAGCAUAUUGAAACUCUUUAAACCAAAACCUACAUGGAGCAUUUUAACAAAUUUAAAGGUUUAAGUGAAUAUUAGUAACUAAUGGCAUUAUUUUUCAAUAUAUUGCUUUAAUAGGAAAGGUACUGAUGAGUUAGAUAUUUUAAAAGUAAAGAUUUGAGAAAAAAAUAUCCCUAAGGUUGUUUAUGUAUGUUAUGUGAUAGAUGAGUAAUUGCUACCAUUUUAUUUUAUGAUGGGAAGUAUUGGGGCAUACCAAUUAAUGCCUGUCUGUUCAAAGCUUUACACCUCAUACAAAAUGACUUUUACAAUGAUAAGAAAAUAUUAAAAGCAUAGUACAGAUUGAUGGAAAAAGACUUUCUAUACAUUUUAAUAAUUGUCUGAAAUAUAGUUAUUUGUCUUAUAAAAGUAACAGAAUCAUGUAAUGAUAACAUAUUUGACAGUAAUAUCAAAUCAAAUAAAAGGCAGCUCUGUUUUUUCUAGAGUUGUAGGACUUGAUUCAUGGAAUUUUGUUUACUCUUCCACAUUUCUGCCAUAAUUUUGAAUAACAGAAAUUUUCAUUUUGAAGCAACUAAAGGAAGUUCGCUACUCAGUGUCAUAAUUAUAUGAGUUUCAUGAGUUCAUAACACUGCUAUAUAUUGAUAUAUAUAGGGGAUUAAUAAGGGAAACUAAAGAACAAAACAAAAUAUAGGUCCCAUACCUUGUUUUCGAGAUAUUUGAUAGAUAUUAUUGUUCCUCUGAUAACUUUCGUCCCUCAUUUUUAUUAGCAAUUGAAAUUCUGGCAGGAAAUUGUUCUCUCUUAAUUUUUAUAGCUUUAUCAUUGACCAGUUUAAGUUCUCAAAAACUAUAAAAAAUAAAAAAAUAUAUAUAUUUUAUAAGGCUUUUACAGAUGGGUUAUAAUUAUACAUGUAAAAGAUUUAUAAAAAAAACCCAGGGUUUGUUGGUUAAAUUUUUAGGCAUUCAAAUAACCAUAGGAUUCAGAAAAUCUUACCAAAAUUUGAUGAACAUGACCAGCAAUCAUCCUCAACACAAUGUUAUGUUUACAUACUGUAAUCCUGGCAGUUUAUUACUUGAAUUGAUAAAAAUUGGGUUUUUGUCAUGUUUAUAUGAUAACUUGAUAAGAGUUUCAUCAAAUCCCAUAAAGAUUGAAAACAUUGUAGGAAAUGUAUUUAUCUUUCCUUGUCAUUGAUGUAUACAUUCUGUCUUUUUAAGUACAUGUAGAAAUCUUUAUACUGGGUAGAAGAUAUGCUAACUUGGAUAAAUUCAGUUAUAUGUAGAAGAUGUUUAUUAUUGUAUACUGGUAUUAAUUUUGAAUGAAUUCAAGCUUCUUUUUUUUUAUAGUAAAUUGAAACAUUGUAUAUAUGCUUAACACUUUUAGCAGUAUUUUGAUUCAUAAGCAUGUCUUUAAUACUUUUGUUGCUGAAUUUUGAAAUAUGAUAUUUAGGCAGUUAAUUUGUAUCAGAAACAUAUGAACAAAGAAUGUUGUUUCUUACAUAUACACAAUUUUUGAAGACUUUAAAUUGAUUAGGGGAAUUGUUAGAAAUUGCUUUGUACAGAUCAUGAGGCUUAUAUUGUUAGAGAUUUCUCUGUACAGAGGAUUACCUGUAUAUGGAAAAUUGUUUCUUGUUACACAAAAAAGAUGGUUAAUUAUGAAAUUGAUUUUUAUCAUCAUGUUACAUUGAAAAUAGUGUUUAAGAUGAUAUAUACUGUUAAUAUGCAUUUAGUCUUUUGCUUUAUGUUUAAUGUCUAUAGGGCAGUUAUCAUUAUUAGACAUCAUAAAUGCACUUAAUUGCCACUAAAUGUUCUAUUAUUUGAGCAAUCAUCAAUGAUCAUACUGUUAAAUUUAAUUUUUAAAAAGCAUUGAGAUUGCUAACUAUAGUUUUCUUUAUUAAUAAGAUUGUUUUCAAAAUAUGUUUUAUAAGAAUAGAAUUAUUAAAAGAGUGGGUGCAUUUUAUGAAAAGCAUUUGCAAUAUUUUGAGUUAGAAACAUUGUAGUCGUACAGUCAUCUGGUUUAUGCAAUCACAGCAAGGUAUCGCUUGUGCUGUUUUAAUAAUCAAUCUUCUUCCCUUGAACCACCAAUUAAAACCAACUAAACUUCAUUUGAUCCCUUGCUGCAUAUUCUUUUUAUAGAUGGUAAGAAACAGAUAGCUUUAAAUGUAGACAAUUUAGCAAGUACUGUAAAUGUAGAAAUCAUUGCGUGCAUUUAUUAUUGCGAUUUUGUCAAUUUCAACUUAAAUGCGAUUUUAAUAUUAACGAUUUUGGGAAAAGUCAUGCUUAAUUCAGCUAAAAUAUUACAAAAUGCGAGUUUUAAUUAUUGCGUUUACAAAUCUGUCGCAUUAUUCGCAAUAAUUUCUGAAUUUACAGUAGUAUAUUGUCCUUGUAACUUUUUAUGUCCCUUUUAGUUCUACUGACAUCUGUGGUAUCCAUAAACUCAUUGCUUUCUUCUCUUGGGGUUGAAGAGUUGAGCAUGCCUUAAUAAUGUAUGUUGAUCCACAUAGUGCUUUCGCCACACACAAUUUUUCAAUUGUUAUUUUUAUUAAGACUAAAAUAUCAGGAAGAUGGGCCUAAUUAAAAUUGAAAGUUAGUAGUAGAUUCAUUCAUUAUGAUGAGAACUUUCAACUGUAUGCCAAAUUAAUGUAUUUGCUCAGAUUUCAUGGUCAAGGACGAAUCCAGUCAUUUGUCAAGGGUGGGUUCCAACCAUAUGUCCCCUUUUAAGUGUACUGAUUGUCCAAAAAAAGGGUAGGUUAAAUGUCAAAAAGAUCACAUAAAUACUGAUUUAUUUCCCCAUAAUUAUGUGAAAUAGGCAAACACCAAAAUGGUCUCCAUUUUAGAAAAUCAUGCAAAUACCCAUAGACCAAAAAAUCUGUAGGUCUUAUUAAGGGAAAAGUGAUUUGUCCACCAUAAUAUUUUAUGUUAGCCAACUAAGUAUGAUAUGUUUGGUGAUAUAACUUUUGUUAAAUUUGAACCAUUUUCCUUCUCAUGAUUACCUGCAUUACAGCUUACAUAGAAUAUGUCAUUUUCCAUAUUUUUAGGAAGGCGCUUCACUUAUAUGUAAUUUAAAAAAUCAUAUGACUUGACUCUGUUUGUGAGGUUGCUUAAUAGUAUGUAAGUUACUAAAGUCAGGGUGUUAGUAUACAUCUCUUCCCUGUAUUAUUUUGAAGUGUGAUAGUUAUAUGCUGUAAGCAGCUUGUGACAAAGGAGAUUUCAUUUACACAGCUACUUUUGCAUAGGUACAAUUUCUGUACUAAAAAUAUGUAGUACUGGAAAUUUACUUUUAAAAUUUAGUUCUCCAUUUCCAUUCUCAAUUUUAUAUAUUUGUUUUCGUCUUAUAGUGAUUCACUGGUUAUUAAUUGUUUGUUAUUAUUCUAUUUACUCAUGAAAAUGCUUUUUUGGUUUUUGUCUUCUUUUAGUUGAAGUUUUUGAAACUUACAUUCUUUAAUGACAACAAUAAUUAUUUCCCAUCAAGUUAUAAUUUUACGUUAAACUAAAGAUUAUUGCGUUGUCAUAUUUAUAUACUUACAGCAUUUAUAUAAAAACUGUGUUCAUCUUACAAUUAUAUGUGUGCAAUAUUUAAAAGAAAUGUGCAUUUAUACUGUUAACAAAUCAUCUUUUACUUUGAUUGUUUAAACGAAUCUGUUAAAGACAAUUUUAGGUUGUAAGUUGUAUUUUUGUUAAAUGAAACAUUUACUGAAGGUAAUUAGGGAGAAUAUUUUGUAGCUAGGGAAACUUAUAAGAAGACAAUUAUUAUUUUCCAUUUAUUUCAUCAGACUUAUUCAUUUUCCGUUGCAUAAUAUUUCAUAUUAAAACUUUGAAAUUGUCAUUUACUGUUCUAUUUUGUCUCUUAUAAAAUAAUAAACUGUGCACUAGUUAUGUUUACUUGAUGAUAUAAUUACCAUCAAUAUUCAAACUGAUAGAGCGGUAUAUAAACAUGUUUUUCAAGUUGAAUUCUAGGAAUUUAUACAUUUUUAAUAAAUUUUAUAAAUUUAGUAAUUAUUCAUUUGCAUAUUUAAAAACAUUAAAUUCAUGUCAGCUUAAUCUGAAGUGUUUUUUGUAAGAAAAAACAUUUUAUUCAUUGUUAAAUCAUUGUCUUGUUCUUUUAUAUAAAAAAGAAGAUGUGGUAUGAUUGCCAAUGAGACAACUAUCCACAAAAGACCAAAAUGACACAAACAUUAACAACUAUAGGUCACUGUACGGCCUUCAACAAUGAGCAAUUUAGUCAUAUUACUCAACCAAAUAUUUCUUUCAAGUUUCCUAAAUUCUUUUCAUUUAAAAUUGAAGUCACAUUCUUUGUACUUGAUCAUGCAAUUGAAAUUCUACAAAUCCACAGUUUAUUUUUAGAAGAAAUUGUUUUAUAAUUUUAAAAUUAACUUUUUAAAGAACAACUCUAAUUUUGUUGAGUUGCUAAUUUAAUGAGAUGUAAACCAACUUGUGUAUAAUGAAUGUCGGUUGAGUAACUUGCUUAAAAGAAAACAGUUGUUUUUAUUAUUUUAAUUUUAGAAAGCCAAAAUAUGUUAGUUAUAUAGUUUUCAUGUUUUCAUUAUUGUUGUUUCACAGAUGUAAUCUUAUCAAAAUAUAUAUUUGUUGUGUUGCUGUCAAUAAAUGGUUGUACUUAAA